AUGAGCAUCUCAGCUGACCCAAUGUCGCGUCCUUCAGUUGACUACCUCUACAUGAUCGAUCUCUCCUUGCCAAAAAAGCUGGAUGUUUUACACCAUCCGGAUACCAACGGCCCAAAACCAGCAAGAGAGGCAACCGCUGUGGUUUUUCAUGGCAAGAACAACAACAUAAGUGAAUAUGUAGUGGGACCUCUCCCCAACCCAACCUACAACCGCGAUGUCACCUUGGAAAGAUAUGGAAGGGAGAUCCCCUUGACUGCACGCCCGGGAAAUAUGGGUGAAUGCAUUUCUAUAACAAUGUUUCUGAAACAUGCACUUACUGAGAUCAGUACUCUGCUGUUAGACAGUUUUGGUAUAGACCUAUCAGCAAACUAUGCUUACUACGAAAACAUGCCCAGUGGAGUAAAGUCCGGUGAGAGACAGACCUGGUUUGCCCUUUGUCGAAAUGAAGAGGGCUUUUGCAUCAACCCUGUGGGUCUUGAGAUCUUGUGCAACCACCAAAGCACUGAUUAUCAGUCCUGGCUUGUGCUUAAGGUGCUUUAUAAUGGUCAGUACUUUGACAGCAUAUUGGAUCUGAAGCAGCAAUACGAGGCAGGAACCGUGCAGAAAAUCAUCUACAAACCAGUGCCGAAUUACGCCGCACUCAAAUCCAAGAACAAACCCACAGGCAACGGGCCCCAGCAGUUUUACGUCCAAGGUGAGAGAUUCAGUAUUAAGAACAACCACAUUGCAUACCUUGACUGGAGCUUUGCCUUUGGUCUGAGCCCGCUUAGAGGCAUGAGAGUUUUUGACGUUCGUCUUAGAAGAGAGAGGAUCAUCUUUGAGCUAACCAUUCAAGAGGCCAUUUCAGUUUAUGGGUCCGUCACCCCAAAUCUCAUGCUCACCAAAUUCCUUGACGGCAGCUUGGGCAUUGGUCGGUGUGCUUAUGAGUUGGUCAGGGGGGUCGACUGCCCUUAUUCAGCCGCCUUCAUAGACACAUUCCACUUCCUGGACACUGGUUUACCACGAACACUCCGAAAUUCAAUCUGUGUCUUUGAGCAUGACAUGGGCCGUCCUCUGCGGAGGCACUUCUCUGAGAUUAGCUUCAACGGUUAUGGAGGACUUGCAAACAGCGCGUUAGUGUUCAGGACCAUCACAGUGAUCGGAAACUAUGACUACAUGUGGGAAUUCAUCUUCUACCAGAGCGGCUCAGUGGAGGCCAAGGUGCACGCCACCGGUUACAUCGCCUCUUCAUUCGCAUUGAAGGACAACUUUGCAUUUGGGCACCAAGUGGCCGAAAAUGUCACAGGAAAUAUCCACACCCAUUUUCUCAACUUCAAAGUAGACGUUGAUGUUUUAGGAGUGAAGAGUGUAUUCCAGACCAAGGACAUGGAGUUUGUGAAUCUCUCACUGCCCUGGAUGCCUGAACAUACCAUGAUCCCUGAGGUGGUGGAAAAGCAGCUUCAAACAGACUAUCUGUACAAUCAGCAUGACAUGUGGAAUCCAGCUGUCGACUUCAGCAAAUACAUUGAAGACAAUUAAAACAUCGAAAACCAGGACCUGGUUGCCUGGGUGACCACCGGCUUCCUUCACAUCCCUCACACCAAGGACAUCCCUAACACAGUAACCGUGGGCAACGGGGGUGGGGUCCUUCUGCAGCCCCACAACUACUUUAACAAGGACCCGUCCAUCCACUCUCCUGAUGGGGUGUACCUCGCCCCGGGCAGCGAGGACAGCUGUGACAGCAACAGGAUGGCCUGCUUUGCUCAAGAGACCUGCAGCCCCGUCCUGGAACCCUUCACCUACCACGGCUUUAAAGUAGAGAUGAGAGGGAGGAAUUAACAUGUGAUUCUUCCUUUGUUUUGGUCCGGUCUCAUAAAUUACAUUAGAAUUUAGAUGAAUAUAUUUGUAAUUAUAUUUCAAUAUAAAUUGAAGUAAUGUUGAUGGUGUUUUUUGUGGCUCUAUGGAUGCAAUACAUUUUUCAAUGGAUUAUUGCUCUGUGGCAAUCAUUCAUUUAUGAUGCUUCUGUGUUUAACAGGAUAAUCUCCACAUAUUUACACACAUUUUAUAAUAGUUGAAGCGUAAAUACUAGAAUUCAAAGGCUAACAUUUGGCUAGAAGUGAAUUACAUUCUUAACGGUUGCAUGAUUUCACGUCACAACCGCUGAACUAAAGGCAGCUAACGUUCGACGCGAUGACGUUUAGUUGUCUCAUUUAGCAAAUUGUUAGCUUCUCCUGUUUUCAAGUAGCGUCCGAAUUCAAGAGUAUUUACGGACAUACUUUAUGUCGUGUUACCAAACUUAAAAAUAUCUUAAAAUUGUGUCAACCACAGACCCUUAUUUUAGGCAGCUAACCAAAAACGUAGUCAAAACAAUAUUUUCUUCAACACAAUGGGACCCAGGAUUGCUAAACUGCUAAGUCAUUUCCAGAUUCAGCACUUGAAAUGUAGUCCAGACAUUCAUGUUCCGUCUGUAUCUUUAUCUACUUACAGAUUGAACUCUGUGAGAGUCCACUGGUAAAACCCUCUAAAACUUUAACCUAUGUGAAAAAUACUCUUGAUGUAAGUAACUUCUUGGAGAAAUGUCCAGAAGUUGGACUGUAAGAAUUGCAAUUGAGAAACAUUACACAAAAUGAAGUUGAAAUGAAGUGAAAGGAAGUUGCCAGACUGUCACCGCAGCCAACCAGUGUGUGUCUUUCCAUCAGUCUCUUUUCAGGAAGGAUAACAUGAAAGGAAAAUAAUGGUGGCUGUGCUGCAGUCUGUCACUAAGUCUGUCACUUCAUGACUGGCAGGUCUUUCUCACCUGAUGGCAGGUAGUUAGAGAGGCAGUAAGAGGUUGUAUUAGAAGCAUAUUAACUUGCACAAUUAUAGCAUGAGGUGUUCCAAUCAUAUUACAUAUAUGGUUGUAAUGCAGAUUAAGAAAGACUGAAAACCAACAUUCCAGCCAUAUUCUUUCAAGGACGUGUUUAUGUGUAAAAAGUGUCCCUUACCCAUUUACUUGUAUCAUGAGAAAACAUGAAAUGGGUGUUGAUUUAUU